CUGGUCGACUUUCAUUCGCAUUCACUCUCUGGCAAAGGAACCACUACCUUCAGGAUUAACUCUAUCAUCACUUGCAAGCAUGGCUCGUCUCAACUACUCUAUCUUUCGCUUCAUUCCUUUUCACCCUCGUUAUCUUUUCUGGGUCAUCAUCAUCGUCGCGGUGAUCCUCAUGUCUCUCCUCACCGGCGGAUGUACCAACAAUAUCCCUGCCAUCAAGUCUCUCUUCCUCGUCCAGCUGGAGUAUGAUACCGGGAUAUCGAAUAACACGAUUGCAAAAGCUGCUACUCUGGUGCUGGGCGAGUCGGAUCUUAAGAUUAAGGUCGGGUUUUUCGGCACCUGUAUCGUUGGCAACACGACCGAGUGCUCCACAGACAUCAACUCCUUGAUCAACUCCACGGCGGUACAAGCUGCAGGCUUUGAAGACUCUUUGGGUAUGUUGGACUUGGUACACAGUUACCUUCCGAUUUACCCGCAAUUCAUCAUCAUCUCCAUCCUUCUCGCCUUCCUCUCUCUUCCAAUCAGUUACUUCUGGACGCACGUCGCCACUUACUUUCAAUGUCUGGCAGCCAUGUUCGCUGGUCUUGAAGUAUUUGUUCUUCACAUUGAAAUAUCCAGUUUGUCGAUGAUUGACGAGGUUAGUUUCGGAGUUUUGCAGGCUAAGGGUGGAUUCGCCGCUUUGGUUGUGCAGUGGUUUGCGUUCAUUGGCCUUCUCGUUGUAUUUGCUGGGAACUGGCUUAUCAUGAGGAUGGAGCAGAGGAUCAUGAGGUUUGGAGAGAAGCUUGGUGAUGCUGUUUAAGUAAUCUUACGGUGCACGUCUACACUGUGCGACACACCACCUAGAAUUCACGUACUGGAGCACUGCAAGUUUCCUCUACAUAGCAGCAAGUUACG